AUGCCGCAGCUUUCGGUCCAGUUGUGGGAGCCACUCCAUCUAGCGCUGUGCGCUGAGUGCAAGCGGCUCGGUCAGGCGGACACGCUUGCCAUCCUCCAAUGCGCCGACCGCGUGGGCCUCAUUGCGCUGCCCCUCUGUCGUACUCGGGAAUCCGGAAACGCACGUCGUGGACGGUUUAUCACGACCAACGUCGCUAGCUGCGGCAAGCGUUUCCACUUUCCAUAUCGCGCCGUCGUGCUCACCCAAGACGCGUUAACGGAAGCUCUGCAAUUCGUUUCUCCCGCGCCUAUCGAAGUCUUUCUCCUCCGCCACGACUCGAAACUUCCCCCGAAACCCAGGGGCACGUUUUCGCACUUCGGAGUCUGUCUCUGGCCUGAGUGGUAUGACAACGAUGCGCUCGCGUCCUUCCACAUUGCCCCUCGCAGCAUCAAAGUACUGGCAACCUUUGGCGUCACACCCUCCCCCUUACAUAUGCAACGCGUGGAGGAUGAAGUUAUAUUGACGACCACCAUUCAAGUCGCAUGCGCAAGCAACGCAGAAUACAGGCGUCAGGAAGGCGGUGUCGUCCAGACUAUACGAGUACAACUGGUCCUCACACGAAUUAACGGGACGAUGAAGGAUACCAUGGCGCGCUUCACGAUUACUAACGACGUCCACGCACCGUCCCCUGAUCCGGCCCCUCCUAUCUCUCGACACACAUCUUCGCCUAGGUAUACCCCUAUCGACGAGAACACCUCACUACUACUCCACAGCGAGGACAGCAGUACCUCGGAGGUCAGCUCGAGCCGGAACCCUACCGAUACGAUAGCUAGUGCGGACUUCUUGGUCCCUUCGAGCCUUGGCUGGGAAAGCGCCUCCUGCGAAACCCGGCUCCUGCGGGUCGCCCUGGAGCUGCCGGUUGAAGGCAACGUUCUCCGCCACCACAAGGACCUGUGGCUCUCCAUUGAGCUCUCGGAGCCGCACCGGCGCACCUGGGCAAACGAUGAGAGCUCCCACAAUCACGUCUUGUCAGCUCACAACGUGAUCGACAACGAGGCGACACCAGCGUCCGAUAGCUGCUCGCUAGCUCACGCCGAGGCAAGGGCAUCCGCCACCGCUCCGUUCUCGCAGUCCGAGCUUUCUACGGCAUCUAUAUCCUCAGAGCGAGCUGUUUUCGCGACGCCUCCGUCAACAGCCGCUGCCCAUGCCUUCACUCCAGCAGCGCUGUUGGAGACUGCCUUCCCCGCAGAGGCAGACUACAUGCAGCCGCCUUCAGGGAGCGUUUGUGUGGUUCCCAUAGGAGACGGAGCCAUCACGCAUGGCGCCCUCGCUCUGCCGUGGACCGAGGCAAAGCAGACUUUCGACGCACCCCCGUUCAAUCCGGGCAUCGUCACCUGGGAACUGGGGGCGUACGGAAGCUCAGCUUCUUGCGGUACUGCUCCCGACUCGGAAGUGGCUAUGGAGCUGGACUCAGCGGAGGAUACACGGAGGCAUGAUGUACCGGCAGCGGGGUAUCCCAACGGGCAUGCUCCGAACAAAUUCGGCGGCGGCGGCACGGAGAUGCAGCGGGCACUGACCGCCGUAGGCUUUCUCCCUUCCGCUCCGAACCUCUCCCUGAGUGGUACCUCCCGAAAUUCACACGACUACAACAUAUCUGCAUUUCGGUAUGAGAACGACGCGCUGCGAGCGCAAAUCGCCCGCCUGUCGGCUCAGAACAGCGUUCUGUCGUCGCAGAUGCAAGACGUCACUCUGAAGAUGUCCACCCUCUUCGCGCGGCUCGACGCUCUCCCCCACUCAUAG